UUGAAACCAAAAAAAUGUGAACUUCAUUCUUCAAUGGAAAACUCUGGGCUCAAUGGCAUAAUGAAGACGGAAGGAGAACACCGGCAAAAAAAAGUCAGGUUUCGGAUAUCUUCUGCGAACAGUGGAAGGGUGCUGAAAGAAGUGUACACUGACGGAGACCUGGUGGGCUUGCAGGUGCCUAAAUGUGCCAGCAUCUCCAAGAGCGAGCAUUGCAGCGAUCACAUUGAAGUGAAUGGAUGUAACCAGCAGCAUUUCCCCCUGGAAACUGAUGGCAGUGACAGUGAAUGUGAUGACAUGCUUCUGCUGGCGGGUAACGCAAAGGACAGAGGAAUCUAUAGAAAGAGAAUUAAUAUCUUGAGUAAAAACGGCACAGUGAGAGGUGUCAAACACAAAGUCAGUGCCGGACAGGCACUUUUCAGUAAUUUGUCAAAUGGUGCUGUUCAGCCACCACUCACUCUAGAAUUUGGAAGAAUAGUAAUCUACACAACUAGCCUUCGUGUUGUGCGGGCAACAUUUGAUCGCUGUGAGUUAGUAAGGAAAAUCUUCCAAAAUCACAGAAUAAAGUUGGGAGAAAAAAAUAUUGCCUUGAACAGUGACUAUGGAAAAGAGUUAGAAGAACGAUGCAAGCGAGCAAAUGAAUCUCCUUCCUUGCCUGUAGUGUUCAUCGAUGGCUAUUACUUGGGGGGUGCAGAGAAAAUUUUGUCAAUGAAUGAAUCGGGAGAGCUGCAAGAUCUCUUAACAAAGAUUGAGAAAGUCCAGCAUCCACUGGAGUGCUCAGCAUGUGGAGGGUUUGCGUUUGUUCCGUGUUCAGUGUGCCAUGGGAGCAAGAUGUCAGUGUUUCGAAACUGCUUCACUGAUUCCUUUAAAUGCCUCAAAUGUACGUCUUGCAAUGAAAAUGGAUUACAGCAUUGCAGGCUCUGUGUGAAGUCAAACUCCCAUCAUCAUGGAAAAUAACACUGUAAUGACAUUUGUCAUGCCUCAACAGUGAAUGUGUUUGUAGGAAAGUGUCUUUUCUCAUCUUAAUUCCAGUGCACUAAUUAAUUGUAAUGGAAAUUAAAAUCCCAAAUGCCGCCUUGCUCUGGUUGGAAGAGCAAAAUAAAUACAUAUCAUUAGCAGUUUACCUAUGAGAUGGCUAUUCCGCAAAUUAAAUUUAAUUUAAUAUUGAGGCAAGUUGGGUUAAACCCUCCCACUUGUUUCAUCCUCAUUCACAAACAAUCAUUACAGUUCAUAUGUGGCAUCAUUAAAGUAAUGGUACUUACAUACGGUUACAAAAGAUGAGUGAAAAAUACAAACAAAAAAUAUACAACAAUAUAGAUUUUUUUUAAUGGAACUGUAAAAGGACUA